AUGGCCGGGGUAGAGGAAGCAGACAAGCUGAAGCAGCUGGGAAACGCAGCCUUUAGUGAGCGCAAGUGGCACCUUGCCAUUGACAUGUAUACGAAGGCUAUCGAACUGACAAAAACGCCAACAUUGUUUUGCAACCGUGCACUUGCAGAGCUUAGAGCUGAGCUUCCCGGUGCGGCGCUUGCUGACGCUGAUGCGGCGUUAGGGAUAGAGCCAACCUUCGCAAAGGCCUAUUACCACAAGGCAUCCGCGUAUCUGAGCCUUGGAAAACACAAGCAGGCGCUGACAAACUACAAGAAAGUUGUGGAUUUGGCACCACAAAAUUCCGAUGCGCAGGCGAAGGUGGAGUUUUGUAAGAAGGAAAUACGCCGAAUCAACUUUGAAAAUGCCAUUAUGACUCCAGACGAGGCACCUCUGUCGCAGACAAUUAAACUGGGCAGUGUGCGUGCUGAUUACGAUGGGCCUCGUAUCGAAAAUGAAACCGUCACCGUAGAAUUCGUGGAAGCGAUGAAGGAGCAUUUCAGGUUAGAGAAACUCAUUGACCGGCACGACGUCAUAUUUAUCCUGUUGGAGGUGCAGAAGAUUCUGAAAAAAUGCCCUAACUUUGUGUCCAUCAACGUGCCAGUUGGUGAAGAAAUAACAGUGUGUGGUGACACGCACGGGCAGUAUUACGAUCUCCUCAAUAUAUUCAAGUUGAACGGGAAUCCCUUGGAAACGAACCGGUACCUUUUCAACGGUGACUUUGUGGACCGCGGUUCGUACUCAUUUGAAAAUAUCAUGACGCUGUUUGCGUACAAAGUACUUUACCCGGAUCACUUUUUCUUAUCUCGUGGGAACCAUGAGGGUGUUUCCAUGAACCGAAUGUAUGGGUUUGAAGGGGAAGUAACCCAAAAGUACAACAGCGAAAUGUUUCGCCUCUUCACGGAGGUAUUCAACAGUCUUCCAAUCGGUCACAUUAUUAACAACGAGGUGUUUGUAGUGCACGGCGGUCUUUACUCCUCGGAUAAGGUGACAUUGGAUGACCUGCAACACCCUAACCGAUUCCGUGAUAUACCUGAGAGCGGUCUAAUCUGCGAAAGCCUGUGGUCCGAUCCACAGCCGAUGCCUGGGCGAGCCCCAAGUAAGCGUGGGGUGAGCUGCCUGUCUUUCGGGCCGGACGUAACCGAGACGUUCCUAAACAAUAACAACCUUAAACUGCUCGUACGCUCUCAUGAGGUAAAGGACGAGGGGUACGAGAUAGAACACGGUGGCAAAUGCAUUACAGUCUUCAGCGCACCAAACUAUUGUGACCAAAUGGGCAACAAGGGAGCAUUCAUCCGUUUUACCGGCGGUGACAUGAAACCAAGAUUCACAACAUUCACGCACGUGCCGCAUCCUGGGAAACGGCCAAUGCAUUACGCCACAGGAUUUGGCCUGUUUUGA